UUGGUUCAAGAGCGAAGUGGAACGGAGCCAUUCCAUUCACGUUUUGGGGGUGUUUGGUUCGCGAAUCAGGGGAACGGAGCCAUCCCACCUAGGGAAUAUUCCCCUCAGAUUCGGGAUGGGGAGGCUCCAAUUUUUCUGGCGGACGGAGCCGCUCGCGAGCCACGCGCUCCCCACCCCCGCUCUCGUUCGAACGGAUCAGGAGCCCGUGAACUUUCCGGCAGCACGAAAUUUUACAACAAAGUGCACUGCAGCUCAAGAUGGAUGAGGAGGAUCAGAUUCUUAUGUAUGCCGCUGUUGCUUAUAUGUGGCUUUCGAUGAUGGCAAUGAUAAUUAAAACUAGGAAGAGAAAACGUCAUAAUCAUGCUCCCGUAGGACAAAUUAGCUAUGGUCCAAUUGAUGAAAGAGAUAAGAAAAGAUUAGAUUAUCUCAAUGAUAAAAUUUGGAAGAAUGAUACGACGUGUGUCAAUAUGCUUAGGCUUAACAGAGCAUCAUUCUUCCGCUUUUGUAAACUCUUUAGAGAUCGUGGGCUAUUAGAAGACACUAUACACAUGUGUAUUGAGCAGCAAUUAGCGAUGUUUUUGCACACCAUUGGACACAAUCAACGGAAUAGGGUAGUUGCUACUAAUUUUGGUAGGUCUGGAGAAACCGUUAGCCGGUACUUCAACAAAGUUCUUCAUGCUAUUGGUGAGCUACGCAAUGACUACAUUAAGCCACCAACAACGGCAACUCCAUCUAAAAUCCAAGGGAAUGCGCGAUGGGAUCCUUACUUUAAGGAUUGUAUUGGGGCUAUUGAUGGCACACAUAUUCGAGCGUCGGUUCCUAAGGAAAUGGAGGCUGCAUUUCGUGGUAGGAAGAGUCACACCACACAAAAUGUAAUGGCAGCCGUAGACUUUGAUCUACGGUUCACAUUUGUCAUAGCUGGCUGGGAGGGGACAGCCCAUGACGCCGCAAUUUUAAGAGAUGCUUUACAGCGUCCAAAUGGUCUUCGUGUUCCAGAAGGGUUGAUCCAAUGGAGGGAGAGGUCAAGGGUGGCACUGUUUGGACAGCAAGUCAAUCCAGUUUUGUUCAAACUUUUCUUGCUAACCUUGUUGUUGAUGGAACCAAAACCUCUACGGGUUAUAAGAAAGUUCAUCUCAACGCUUGUGCUAAGGCGUUGAAUGAGCAUUUCAAGAUUAAUAGAAGCGGUGAACAGAUUGCCAAUCAUUUGAAAACAUUGAAGAAAAAGUAUGCUAGGAUCAACAUACUUAAGAACAAGAGUGCUUCUUGUUGGGAUGAUGAAAAUUUUAUCAUUCGUUGGGAUCAUGAGAUGUAUACUAGUCAUUUCAAGGAUGAAGAGGGAAAGGAUAGAAACAAGGGUGAUGACGAGUACAUAAACAAGCCGCUCCCGUACUAUGCCAAUCUAGCUACCAUAUUUGGUGACAGUGUUGCAACGGGACAAUUUGCAAAGAUGUCAAGUGAACCUCUUGGGGUAGAUGCUGAUGAGGAAGCAAACAAAGAGGAGAUGAAUGUUGGGACAACCUCUAAUGGUACUCUUGCCCAAGAAGACACAGCGGCUUCAGGAAAUAGGCCAUCCAAGAGAACCAAAAGGGAUGACAAUGGAGCUGAUCCUUUGAUUGAAGCCCUUGAUCGUGGUACUGAAACCAUAGCUAAUGCCAUACGUGAUGCAGCAUCAAAGAAAGCUUUGCCACCGGGUUUGUUUGAAGCUGUGGAUAGCCUUCCUGGUUUUGAGCUUGAGCACAAGGCGGAGUACUACUCUUAUUUGUUGAACAAUCCUAAUAUUGCACAUGGCUUCAUGGAUGCGCCGCUGUUGUACAAGCUCUCUAUGGUUACCAAGUUUGUUAAUUCUAAUAUGUAGGCUUGCUAGUUAGCAAUCGCACUUGGCUUUUGGUUGUAUCCAUGAACAAGGCACUAUGGAUUAUUCUCUAUGCUUGUUUUAUGUGA